AUGAAUGAAACAAUAGACGAUAAUAAAAUCGAAUCUCAAUCAUCAAUAAUACAUGUUGUUGAAGGUUCUAUUGCAUCUCUUACGAAAGAAAUAACAAAACAACCAAAAUGUGAACGUAGUUCAAAGAUGGCACCUAAAUCAUCAGAUAAAACAAAAUGGACUAUGGAAGAACAAGGAAAAUUUUUUAGUGAACUUCGAAUUUAUGGAAAAAUUUUCGAAGCAUUCGAUCAAUUCUUUAAUACACGACGUUGUCUUGUAAAUCCUGAAGCACAACAACGUAUAUUUGGUCCAAUACGUCGUUUUUAUUAUCGUCCAUUUCAAGAAAAAUCUAAUGUUGAUUCACUUGAAUUAUGUUCUAUUUUUGCUUAUUCAUGUUUAAAACCAAAAGUUCGAUGUUUUGAUAAAAAACCAACAAUAUUUGUUUUAGAUCAACUUAUUCGUAAUGGUAAUGCAUUUUUACAUGUAAAAGGAUAA